AUGAGGUUUCGGGAACCUCUUCUGGGCGGCAGCGCGGCGAUGCCGGGCGCGUCCCUGCAACGGGCCUGCCGCCUGCUCGUGGCCGUCUGCGCGCUACACCUCGGCGUCACCCUCGUCUACUACCUGUCCGGCCGUGACCUGCGCCGCCUGCCCCAACUGAUCGGAGUCACCUCACCACUGCAGGGGGGCGCGAGCGGCGCCACCGCUCUCGGGCAACCUUCCGGGGAACUCCGUUCCCGAGGGGCCCCGCCGCCGCUGCCUGUAGGUGCUUCCUCCGAGCCGCGCCCCGGCCCCGCAAGCAACUUGACUGUGGCCCCUGAGCCCCCCACCCCGGCACUGUCGCUGCCCGCCUGCCCCGAGGAGUCCCCUCUGCUCGUUGGCCCCAUGAUGAUCGAGUUUAACAUGCCUGUGGACCUGGAACAAGUAGCAAAGCAGAACCCGAAUGUUAAGGUGGGCGGCCGCUCUGCCCCCAAGAACUGUGUCUCUCCUCACAAAGUGGCCAUCAUUAUUCCAUUCCGCAACCGACAGGACCACCUCAAGUACUGGCUGUAUUACCUGCACCCAGUCCUGCAGCGCCAGCAGUUGGACUAUGGCAUCUAUGUGAUCAACCAGGAUGGAGACUCCAUGUUCAAUCGUGCUAAGCUACUCAACAUUGGCUUUCAAGAGGCCUUGAAAGACUAUGACUACAACUGCUUUGUAUUUAGUGAUGUGGACCUCAUUCCAAUGGAUGACCGUAAUACCUACAGGUGUUUUUCACAGCCACGACACAUUUCUGUAGCCAUGGAUAAGUUUGGAUUUAGCCUACCUUAUGUUCAGUAUUUCGGAGGUGUCUCUGCUCUAAGUAAACAACAGUUUCGCACCAUCAAUGGAUUUCCUAAUAAUUACUGGGGCUGGGGAGGUGAAGAUGAUGACAUUUUUAACAGAUUAGUUUUCAAAGGCAUGUCUAUAUCUCGCCCAAAUGCUGUGAUCGGGAAGUGUCGGAUGAUCCGCCACUCAAGAGACAAAAAAAAUGAACCUAAUCCUCAGAGGUUUGACAGAAUUGCACACACAAAGGAGACCAUGCUCUUGGAUGGUUUGAACACACUCAACUACAAGGUGUUGGACAUAACGAAAUACCCGUUGUAUACCAAAAUCACAGUGGACGUUGGGAAGCCGAGCUAGCGUUCUGAUAUACUAAUAAGAGACUUGAAAAUGGCUAGGGACUUCUGCUGUGUCCCUGCCAAUCCACUGGGCUGGUCCCUCUCAUUUUUACCAAUCAGAGUGAUAGACCCCCUCACUCAUUACUCAGAUGCCUUUCCAGAUGACCAGGACGAGUGGGAUAUUUUGCCCCCAACUUCGCUCGGCAUGUGGCUUC